AUGAAUAUCAGUACCUGGAAUAUGAGGGGAUUGAAUGAUCCCAUUAAAGUAGUUGAAAUAAAGAAGUUUUUGGCUAGUAAUAACAUUAGUGUUGUAGCUUUGUUAGAAACUAAAGUUCAGGAGAAGAAUAGUAGUAAAAUUCAGAAGAAAAUAGGGAAUGGGUGGCAGUGGAUUAUGAACUAUGAGUGUUCUCCUAGAGGAAGGGUUUGGAUUGGCUGGAAGCAUGCUGUGGUUUCAGUUCAGCUUCUUCACAAAACCGAGUUCUGUAUUCACUGUACUGUUGCUUCAAAGAAUGGCCUUUUUAGUACUACCUUUUCAGCUGUGUAUGGUUUACUCUCCGUUGAUACUAGAAAACCUAUGUGGAGAGAGAUUACCAACUUCAGUAGUACUGUUACUUGUCCUUGGCUAGUCAUGGGUGAUUUUAAUGCAGUUUUGUUAGCUGCUGAUAGAGUAAAUGGCAAUGUAGUUACUGAGGGAGAAACUAAAGACUUUGAUAGCUGUAUGGAUUCUGCAGGGUGUGCUGAGCUUAAAAGUUGUGGGAGUUACUACUCUUGGAGCAAUAAGGGGCAAGGCAAUUUGAGAAUAUGUUCCAGAAUAGAUAGAGCUAUUGCCAAUGCACUUUGGCAUUCUAAGUUUGUUGAUGCUGUGGUGGAUUACUUGCCUCCAGGGAUUUAUGAUCAUUCCCCCCUAAAAGGGAUGGAUGUUUCCUGUCCAAGGAGUGGUUCCAUGCUGAAGGUAUGGACUAAGCUGAAAGUAGUAAAGCAAGGCUUGAAGGAGCUUCAUCACAAAGAUUUUGCUAAGCUUGAUGAGAGAAUUGAGGGGUUAAGGGUUGAUUUGGGUAAAAUUCAGACUCAGUUAGCAGCUUGCCCUACUGAUAGUAAUGUGCAGCAAAGUGAGAGGGAGUGUAGUGAGACCCUUAAGAAGUUCUUGCAUAUUCAGGAAAGUGCCUAUAGACAGAAAGCAAGAAUUCAGUGGUUGCAAGUAGGAGAUUCUAAUUCUAAGUUAUUUUUUAGUGCAAUGAAGGAGAGGAUAGCUAAGAAUAGUAUUGAUAUCUUAUAUGAUGAUACUGGAAAGAAGCUAAGCACUACUCAGGAAAUUUAG